GAAGGGAUUGUCCAGAGAACAAACUCUGAUCAAUCGAACACGUCACUCUGUUCCUAAUUCAGAUAAACUAAGUGCUGGUGUGGAGCCUACACACUCAUGCGAUAGUGUGGCUGAAAGAAUGAAAGCAGAGACAGGACGCAGAAGCCUCCACUAGUGAGUAGUGACUGAGCAUCACCAGUCACCACCAAGCAAAAGCAACGCGCCGGACCGGAGGCUCAGAGAUGGAGCAAGAAGCGGCUGCACAACAGGGGUCCGUGGCCGCGGUGACGCUCCGACGGUUCGAGCUCGCCGACGUCGACGCGAUGAUGGAGUGGGCGUCGGACCACGAGGUCACGGCGUUCAUGACGUGGGACGCCUACACGUCCCGGGAGGCUCUCCUCGCGUUCCUGCGCGAUGCCGUGCUGCCACACCCGUGGUUCCGCGCCGUCUGCCUCGGCGCCGUCGGCGGCGAGGGACACGGACCACCCCGCGCCGUGGGCGCGGUGUCCGUGACGCCCACCGACGACGCGUGCCGCGCCGAGCUGUGCGUCGUGCUGGCGCGCGCGCACUGGGGGAAGGGCGUGGCCACGGCGGCGGUGAAGCGCGCGGUCGCCGCGGCGUUCGGCGAGCUCCGGGGAGUUGAGCGCGUCGAGGCGCUCGUGGACAUCGACAACGCGGCGGCGCGGCGGGUGCUGGAGAAGGCCGGGUUCCAGCGGGAGACCGUGCUGCGGAGCUACUGCGUGGUCAAGGGAAGGCUCCGGGACAUGGUCGUCUACAGCUUCAUCUCUACCGACCCUCUCGUUGACUGAUCAAGAUUCGAACUCAUGGUUCCGCGCAUCACACCGUGCUCCCGCACCCGUGGUUCCGCGCCAUGUGCGUCUCCGGCGCGGUGGUGGGCGCGGUGUCCGUGUCCCCGGUGCCAGAGCGCUGCCGCGGGGAGCCUGGCUACGUGCUGGCCCGCGCGUACUGGGAACCGCGGCUGUGCGGCGCGCGCUGCGGGACGUGUUCGCGGACCUGGAGACGAAGGGGCAGCAGCGCGUGGCGGAGAAGGCCGGGUUCGGCCGCGAGGGCGUGCUGCGCCGGCACUACUGGCACAAGGGACGCGCGAGGGACAUGCAUAAUAGUUUAAGUUUGAUCGAAUUUAUAAUAAAUAAUAUUAACAUUUAUAUCUCUAAAUUAAUCUAUAAUAAAUGUAUUCUAUAACUAAUUUAGUGGUGCUUAUUUUG